CAUUCGUGUCUCCACUAAGUUGUCAUUGAAUGAGACAAUCAUUGAAUCAAUCAGUUGUUGACUGCUAUUCAUUCAAAUCACACAUCAGUUUCAAAACUAAUCCUCAGUUUUGUCUCACUUUUUUCAGUGCACUAAAAGAUCUGUUGAAUCAAACCAUGACAUCAUUUACUAUAACAACGGUUCCGACGAAGCCUUUCGAAGGUCAGAAACCGGGAACCAGUGGUUUGCGAAAACCGGUUAAGACAUUCAUACAAAAAGACUAUUCAGAAAACUUUAUUCAAGCGAUUCUGGACGCCGCUCAAGACAAGACCAAAUUAGUGAUCGGCGGAGAUGGCAGAUAUCAUAACAAGACUGUCGUUCAAACCAUUGUCCAGAUGUGUGCCGCAAAUAAUGUCAAACAUGUGAUUGUUGGUCAAAACGGCAUUUUGUCGACACCGGCUGUUUCGGCAGUUAUCAGAAAAAGACAGACAAACGGUGGUAUUAUAUUGACUGCCAGUCACAAUCCGGGCGGUCCUAACGGUGACUUUGGCAUUAAGUUUAACACAUCAAAUGGCGGUCCGGCGCCCGAAUCGGUGACAAAUCAUAUUUAUGAGUUGAGUAAAGAUUUGACUCAAUAUAAGAUAGUGAAUGAAUUAACAGUAGAUGUCUUAACACUUGGUGUCCAAACUUAUAAUAUCUCUGGAAAUGUAUUCACAGUUGAGAUAAUUGAUUCAGUAGAAGAUUAUUUGGGACUAAUGAGGGAAAUAUUUGAUUUUAAUACCAUUAAAUCGUAUUUGUCUUCCGGAUCACUCAAGAUAUUAAUUGAUGCUAUGAAUGGAGUGAUGGGUCCAUACGUUAAGCGUAUUUUGAUUGAAGAAUUAGGAGCACCGACUGAUUCUGCUGUAAGGUGUGAGUCAUUGGAAGACUUUGGUGGACACCAUCCCGAUCCUAACCUUACAUAUGCUGCCGAUUUAGUUAAGCAAUUAGAGUCUGGAGUUUAUGGAUUUGGGGCUGCUUUUGAUGGCGACGGCGAUAGAAACAUGAUUUUAGGCAAAAAUGCAUUUUUUGUCACUCCAUCUGAUUCUUUGGCCGUUUUGGCUGAUAAUUUGGAUUGUAUUCCGUACUUUAAAAUUGGUGGCGUCAAGGGAUUUGCCAGAAGUAUGCCAACUGCUGGUGCUGUCGAUCUCGUGGCUAAAAAGAUCAACAAAGAGAUAUUCGAAACGCCCACUGGUUGGAAGUUUUUCGGUAAUUUAAUGGAUGCACAAAAGUGUUCACUUUGUGGUGAAGAGAGUUUUGGUACCGGUUCCGAUCACAUCAGGGAAAAGGAUGGACUUUGGGCUGUUCUCGCGUGGCUUUCUGUUUUAGCUAACACUAAGAUAAGUGUUGAAGAACUUCUUAUCAAUCAUUGGAACAAAUAUGGCAGAAAUUUCUUCACUCGUUAUGAUUACGAGAACUGUGAGGCAAAUCCAUGCAAUGAAAUGAUGACACAAUUGGAAACACUAUUAUCUCAGACAGACUUCGUUGGAAAUACAUUUAAAUCGGGAGAAAAGGAAUAUAAAGUGUUAAUUGCUGACGACUUUUCAUACAAAGACCCAAUUGAUGGUAGUCUGACCACAAAACAGGGAAUUCGUAUUAUUUUCAGUGAUGGCUCCAGAAUUAUCUUUAGAUUGAGUGGCACCGGUAGUCAGGGCGCAACCAUUCGUCUCUAUGUUGACUGUUAUGAAAGUGAUUCGUCAAAGUUUAGAACCGAUGCCCAACAAGUUUUGCGGCCACUUAUUGAUAUUGCUUUACAAAUAUCCAAACUUAAAGAGUUUACCGGAAGGGAUGCGCCCACUGUUAUUACAUAAGUGACAAAUAUGUGUCACUUAUUUUACUUACUAUUUGCCAAUUAAUAUAUGUAUUGCCAGUAAUUAUACAGUAAUUACAAGUACCAGUAAUAUAUAAUUCAUCAAUC